AAAGGAACACUUGGUAGACUAAUCCCUCAUCCUCAUCCCCCCCAUAAGGGAUAUUAUAGUCAUCCCAUGGAUGUUGGUGAAGGUUCCAUGUUUAGAAAAAUAUUGCCCUGUUCACAGGCACAAGACGAGUUUGAGGACCAACAAACCCAAAGGCCCUGUUUGUCCGCGAGAAAAGACCUCUUUAGGAAAGUAAUGUCAGGAGGUUGAAGCCCUGCCGAAAGUUGGGGUUACAUACAUAUUCUUAUUAUUAUUUUAUUAUUGGGGUUGGUUCACCUCGUUCCUGGUCGUAUACUCCGUACUGUGUGCGUAAAUAGACAUGCGUUUGAGAGGUAUUGUAUCUAUGUCAGCCUCAUCCUGCAUAUAUAAAAGAAUCAAUCAAUGCAUUGUUGCACCGUAGCAACAUAGGAACGACAAGGAGUUAGUUAUGUAGCCCAAUAGAAGGAAUAAUGGCUUUUUUACUGUUAUUUAUUUUAAAUAGAAACUCGCAGGAUUGGGAACAACUCAGCGCAAAGAUCGCAGCAUAAGGAGAGAAAUCCCUCCGUUCCUCCCCGUCUCCCUUGAAGCCAAGCCCGCCUGGAUCGAAGCGUCUCACCUUCUAGCCUCUAGGGGCCUCUACUGUGUAGUAACUGCGUACAUCAAUCGGUUUUGGGCGACGGCUUGUCACAGAACUUGCGCCGCUGGAUGUUUCGAGUUUCGGUUGGAGCCAAUAAGGGUGCGCUGCUGAUCUUUGUUUUACCUUCGCUUGGGCGUCCAAACUACAACCCACCACCGCUUGCUUCAACCUCACCUCUUUGCAGCCCAACAACUGCCCCAGAGUACGGUGUCUCUCAUCCACUUGCAGCUUUUGCAACUGUCGUUCUCUCUCAAGGCUAUUUCGAGGUGUUGCUGAACCCUGAGGUUGUUUGCUGAUUUUGGGUUGUUUCCAGUGUGUGCAGUGUCUCUGUUUGUUGAUCGCUGCCGCUCUCAGGGCUCGUUCGUUCGUUGUCUUCCACCCCCCACCAGGACAGCCAGCCUCCAAUCCGACAUUAUUUUGAUCUCACCCCUACACUUCUUCCUGGCUUUGAAAUUCGACUUAUAUCCGGUAUUGCAGGACUUCUAUCCCCGGCCUUCAUGAAGUCUUUCGUGGCCGCUUAUUAAGAGCCUCUCUCCAGAUAUCGGACUGCGGUCCUGUCUCGAUGUCAACGACUCUUGAACAUAUCGAUGGGGUAAUUUUUUUUCUUCAGGAACAAACAUAAUUUUGAGGUUCCUCUUUUAAAUAUCUGCGCUGCUAUCUCAACCACUCCCUAACGCAUCCGAACUUUCAGUAAAACUGGCGUUAACACUCCCAGUCCGCUUCAAUAUAUUCUCGUCACUCUUCUUGUUUUGGAAUUUUUUGGUCCGUUAAACCUCGGGGUGCGGAACGAUGUUGAGCUCCCAACCCCAAUACUCUGCCGGAUUACCACUACACACCCCAUCUCAACUACCGUCAUCCUUAUCUACUUCCUAUAUGUCUUUACCGUCCCAUAAAUCGGGUCUUCCCACGGCUACUCGCGAUGGCCCAUUCUCUAGCCCGACAGAAUCUGAAUUCUCCGAUGGUUAUGAUGGGAUGGACUCUGUCCGGUCCUGGGAUGAAAAAAAGGUAAUAGAUUGGCUGCAUAGCAUACGCUGUGGACAAUAUGAAGCGCUGUUCAAAGCAAACCAUUUUAAUGGCGAUAAUCUCCUUGACUGCGAUCAGAAGAUUCUACAGGAAAUGGGUAUCAAGAAAAUCGGAGACCGAGUGCGGAUUUUCGUUGCGAUCAAACAGCUCAGAAACAGGAAUGUAUCGAAUCGCAAAAAGCGGAAUAGGGAUUCGUUAGCUGCCCUCGAUUCUGCCCAGUUUACCCCAUCCUCUUCUGAAUCUCCCCGCGCAGCAAAUUCUAGACAACAUGCGGGGGGAAAUCGUCGAUGGUCUCGACAUGUCGACCUUCCAUCCCUUACAGGCUACAACACAAGCUACACAGCAUCAGGAAGGGUUUCAUCCAGGCCUUCUUCGCCUCCUGCAGAUUCCGACCGCGGCCUACGGUCAUAUAGGUAUCCAGGUGCUAGUACGAUGGAAAGUUCCCGGAGGGAUAGGGAUCAAGGAGACGUUCCCCAGACCGCCAGAGCAGUCAUGCACAUUAGACAAAAUCCCAGCAUGGAUGGAAUCACCAUGGGAUCACUUCCACCCAAUUCACCAGUGAUUCGAGUAAUACAUUCAGGCGGUCAGACAAAAGUCUUGAAUAUAAAGCAUUGCAAAACCCCCGAGGAUAUUAUCAUUUGCGUUCUAAGAAAACUCCUCCUUCCAGAAUCCCACUAUAAGAACUACUGUUUUUAUGUGCUCGACGGCUUAGAUCCUAACCCAGACAACUGCCGUCGCUUGUCUGAUUCAGAAUUGCUGAAGAUAUGUGAUGGCCUCCAUAGAUCUGAGCGUGGUCGGCUGAUUUUGAGGAAGAUUCAUGCUGGCGAGCCGGAGCCAGAGGAACUCCAGAGGGCAGCUCAGAUUGCUCUUGAUGAAAGCCAAACGGCACAUUUGAAUGCUCUUAGCGGCACCAAUGUACGGAACCAGAUUAAACUCCAAAAACUCACCGGCGAAUCAUGGCAUAACAUCCGACAACCUUUGUCACCCUUAUCAGCCACCGACCGCAAUAGAGAGGAGUUCCAACGGCAAACACCUUCCGAACGACACCAGGCUGCGAAGUUGCGGUCAUUUUUCGGUGCCCGGCCGCCUAGUGAAAUGAUUAUCCACGAACUCACCUCGUAUUUCCCAAGCCACCAGAAGGAAGACAUUGAAAAGACGAUGCGAUUAUCCGUGCGAAGAUCACAACGUAUGAGCCGUGCUGCAAGUCGAUUGAGUGUUGUUAGCAACCUUAGUUACGCCUCGAGUUUGAAAGAUGCACCACCCAUCCCUAGUAUUGCGGACACCUGGUUGACAGGAAAUAAUGGGUCUGCAAGGCCUGCGAGGCCGUUAUCUGUUUCCAAAUUCAACUUACCACCCCAGAUGUCGUUCCGCGAUUCCGUAGCAUCUUCACUCCAGCCACUUCAAGAGGAAUCACCCAUCGAACCUAACCGAAAAUCCUAUGUUUCCUUUGAUAGUGGUUCUGACCACACUUCUGGAGAGACUGAUCGUCAGACUUUCCUGGAUGAGACAGUUAGCCUCGCUGCCACCGAUGGUGCUGGAUCAAUUAACGAACGACUUAGCAUGAUAGUAGCAGAAGAUGGGGAGGAAGAGGAUGAUGGAUUGGCUGCUUUCCUGGCGGGUGACAAUUUCGGGAACAAAAACUGGAUGAAAGGAUCUCUAAUUGGUGAAGGAUCAUUUGGAAGUGUCUUCCUAGCUCUCCAUUCCAUCACUGGAGAACUCAUGGCUGUCAAGCAAGUAGAGCUGCCAUCCGCCACCAAGGGGACAGAGUUUGACCAAAGGAAGAAUAGCAUGGUCACCGCUCUGAAGCACGAAAUCGACCUACUCCAGGGCCUGCAACAUCCAAAUAUCGUGCAGUAUCUAGGAACAUCCACUGACGAGCACCACCUCAAUAUCUUCCUUGAGUACGUCCCCGGAGGCUCCAUCGCCAUGAUGCUCAAACAAUACAACACCUUCCAGGAGCCGUUAAUCAAGAACUUCGUCCGCCAAAUAUUGGCAGGUCUCUCCUACCUACACAGCCGCGACAUCAUCCACCGGGACAUCAAGGGUGCCAACGUCCUCGUCGACAACAAGGGAGGCAUCAAAAUCUCCGACUUUGGUAUCUCCAAGCGCGUCGAGGCUUCGACCGUGCUGGGAAGUGGUGCCAAUCUAGGCGGCGGCGCCGGCCAUCUACAUCGCCCCUCUCUCCAAGGUAGUGUAUACUGGAUGGCACCCGAGGUCGUGAGACAGACUGCUCAUACGAAGAAAGCCGACAUCUGGAGUCUAGGAUGUCUCGUCGUUGAGAUGUUCAUUGGUGCCCACCCAUUCCCCGAUUGCAGUCAGCUGCAGGCUAUUUUUGCAAUUGGCAGUAAUCAGGCACGUCCGCCACCGCCAGAAAAUGCUAGCAAAGAGGCCAUGGCGUUCUUGGAUAUGACGUUUGAGAUUAAUCAUGAAAAGCGCCCCAGUGCGGAUGAGUUGCUUAGCAGCCCAUUCUUGUCACAGGCGAUGCCUUAAAAAUCUCCAAUGACCGUCAAGAAGCUGGCGUUUACGCUUGGGAUAUGAUUCAUGUCUUGGUUCUAUUGUCGUUUCCGUAUUCUUUCCGGUUUUCUCUCACAUUUUGGAACGAUUCUCGCUCCUAGUCGGAGCAAUUGAUGCUACUGAUUGGAUGGGGUUUAUGAAAAAUUCUCUGUUCCGCCCAUAUAAAUGACCCCCUGCUUCUUUAUCAUCGAUACCACCCAUGCAUGCUCUUUCUGUCCACUCCAUUCACUCUAGCUGGUCCUAGCCUGUUUGCUUUAAUGUAUAUUGUUCUCUGCAUUCAAUCUCCCUCCCAAGCAACAUUGACCGUCAUUUUCACCACAGAAAAAAUUUUUUGGAUGCAUUUUUUCCCCCUUCUGCUCCUUUGCUCUUUAUGCUACUGAGUUAACAUUAAGCGGCACUUUUUCUUUCUGGUAUUUCCAAUUUAUUUCUUCGCUUCUCAUUUCCAUUCAUCUGCAUCGGGACUGGGUUCGAGAAGGGGAGCGUUUCGUUCCUUGCGUAAUUGAUUAGAAGGUUGCAUACAUUUUUGCCGCUGAUGAUAGUAAUGAGAGCGAUGAAACUAGCAGAGACCUUGUCAAGUUUCUGUUUACUUCAAUCCUGUUAUUUAUAUAUACAUUGGUUAUUCGAAUAUGAAGUCCUGUUCUUUUUCCA